CCCUCCUGGGUGUAGCCCACCCAGCUCAGCUUUAAGAGGCGCCGUAGAGAGACUGAGCUCUCAUCCUGCUCUCAGCCGGGACAGCCAAGGUCUACCCGGAGCUGGUCUUAUCUCUGUGUUGAAGGCUGAACCUGGACCUGGAACAGACCGAUACAACCAGAUCACAUCUGGGAUAUUUCUACGAGAAUCAACCUGGUUUCAGACAGGGAACAAACUGUUGAUUGUCAGGGCUGACAUUCCUGCUAUCUUCUCAACUCCUCAGAAGAUCUUACAACCGUUUGAAUUAGUCAGAAUUCUGAGAAGUUAACAAAUAUUGCUACAAUGUUUAAUCCUUUUAAAACAGUGUUUUUGCCCCGCCCUAAGCGGUUGGCAGAAGCUGUUAAGAAAGAAGGCAAGAAGAUUAAAGGAUGUACUCAGGACGUUUACACUCUUCCUCUGGAAGCCCAGUCCGAGAUAGAGGGAUGCAAAUGCUUCAUGUUUGGAAAAGACUUGAUUGGUAAAAAGAACCGCACCAUCAUGGUUCUAGGAGCCACUGGGGCGGGCAAGUCCACCCUGGUCAACAGGAUGAUCAACUACAUCUUGGGGGUCACAGGGAAAGAUACCUUUAGAUUCAUGUUGGUAGACGAAGGCCCUGUCAAGUCUCAGGCUCACAGCCAGACCUCUGAAGUCACCGUGUACAAGCUCAACCACAGAGUGGGCUUCCAGAUCAACUACUCCCUGACUAUUGUGGACACGCCGGGUUUCGGAGACACGAGAGGCAUAGAAAAAGAUCGGUUGAUUAUGAAACAGCUAGAAGAAUUAUUUUCUGCUAAAAGUGGAAUCAGCGAGAUUGAUGCCAUCUGCUUCGUGGUCCAAGCAUCUUUAGCUCGGCUUACAACGACACAGAAAUACAUCUUUGAGUCGGUUCUCGCUAUAUUUGGCAAAGAUGUGGCAGAGAACAUAAAGAUUCUGGUGACAUUUGCAGAUCACGAAAAACCUCUGGUUCUCGGGGCGAUCAAAGAGUUCGGGGUCCCAUGUCCUAGAACAAAAAAAGGUUUAAUAAUUCACUACAAGUUCAAUAACUCUGACAUAAAGAUACAUAGUGCAAACAACGAAGAUGACAGCAAUGACGAUGAAGAAGAUGAUGAUGAUGAUGAAGGAGCAAAUAAAAAGCAUUGGGACAUGGGAACCAAAAACAUGAAAGAAUUCUUUUCUGAUCUGAAAGUCAUUGAGACCAAGAGCUUGACCUUAACCAAGGAGGUGCUCAGACAGAGAGCUCAGCUGGAGAUCUCCAUUGAGAAUAUCGAGAAGAAGGUGAAAUUGGCCUUAACUAAACUUGAGGAGGCUAAACGAGAAUCUCAAAUUCUCGAAACACACAAAUCAGAGAUCCAAAAAAAUGAGAAAUUUGAAUAUGAGGUCAGCGUCACAAGGCCUGUUAAAGUUCAAGCCGAAGAAUCCUCAUUGAACUGUAAGAAAUGUAAUGUAACUUGCCACAAAUCCUGCGGGGUAAUACUUUCCAUUUAUCUUUGUGAGGUCUUUACCUGGGGGGGUUACUGCACAGAAUGCAAAGGCAAAUGCGGUGUGACGGAGCAUGUCCAUGAGGGUUUCUACUGGGAUUCCGAGACGGUGAAAACGAAUCAAACCUACAAGGAGCAGAAAGAAAAGUAUGCGACAGCCUUUAAGAAAGCCAUGUCCGUAGAGGACAUCAUCGAACAGAUGAAGCUGGAGUACCGCCAACUAGAGGACGAGGUGAUCCAGCUGAUGGAGUGCUCAGCCCAGUGUCUAAACACCCUGAAGGAGAUCGCUCUGAGGCCCAAUCAACUCUCAACACCUGAAUACAUCGACCUGCUGAUAGAGGGAGAGAAGUCAGAGGCCAAGCCUGGCUUCAUGGAGCGCAUCACUAACCUCCAAGAAAUGAAGAAAAAGGCCAUUACCAUGGGGGAGGUUGCUAGCGGGGCCACAGUAGCCUCAAUUUUGCGGCCGGACAGUCCAGUGGUUAGCACCUCUCCCAGCGCAAACCCCCCAAAAAAGGACUAAAUAUAGGUUAUUAUUACACGGCUCUUCUCAAUGCUGUAGAAUUUUCCGUUCAUUUGCAUGGGAUUUAUUUACAAGGAUGCUCUUGAUGAGAAUUAACGGAGUAAUGAAAUUGAUAGAAAUUAAACAUGUAGUUAAAAAUGUUUUCUUUUUAAACUUUCUUACUGGGUAUUGGCAGAGUAAAUUGCUUAAAAACACUAUGAUAUGUGAAUGCAUUUGUGAACGUUCUUCCUUGCUUCACUGGUUCGUUUAGCUCAGAUGCUGUGUGUGGAGGCCCUCUCUCUUCUCGUUAAUCUGGACCUGACAACCUGUUUGCUCUCUGGCUGAGGUAACAUAGAGUGAGACCCCUGUGAUUCGCUCAAUCUAGAUCACGAUGUUGAAAUGAAAAAAUUAGGAGUUUAUUCCCCUGAUUUUGAUUUUGUUUCUCUUGUCCUGUGUACUUUAUAUGCUUGGCAGCAGUCACUGAAUGUAUUGACUUAAUGCUUCUUUGUACUAACUUUUCAAGUUAAUUGUGAAAAUUCCUAUGUGUACUUAACACACACUUCAGCACAUUGGAUUAUGGCUGUGAUGUGCUUUCAUCAUAAAAUA